CCGUUCGCUCUCUUCGCCUUCUCUUUUCUCUCCCGCUUUCUUCUCUCCACCUCUUCACUGCUUUGCUGGUCAAUCUAGCCUUGUGUGCGUGAGUGUGGGUGCGCCUAUCACGAUGUACAGGUAAACUUUUAUUAUUACUAAAUGUCCAGAAGUCUUUAAUUAAAAUAAUUACUUAUUGCGACAAUAAGUAAGAAGGUGAAAUGUAAGACUUCCCAAAUUGCAAUAAGAACAAUAGCUGUGAGAGCAAUAAUAAUCUUCAGCUUUUAUCACUGAGCGGAGCGACAUAAGCAAGCUGCACUGUACUUCAGAUGCAAUGUUGUUGUUUCAGUUGUUGUAGCUGCUCCUUGGCUUUCACACGCGAGUUGUGGGUGAGCCUUAAUCACAUUUAUUCGAUGGUGAGUGGAGAAGGAGGUGCUGAGUGGGCGAGGGAGCGGCGCCGAGAGAGCGAACGAGCGGUUGACAUUGACAACCCCCCUUUUUUGCUGUUGGGAGCGGGCGCACGCCCAUGUCCAGCUGCCCAGCGGCAGCGACCAGGAGCGCAGGCAGGCGCAGCUCGCGGCCAGCACCUACGACGUGCUACAGCGGACGACGGACAGUAUCCAGCGAUCCAACCAGAUUGCCAUCGAAACGGAGAACAUGGGGGCGGAGGUACUCGGCGAACUGGGCGAGCAGAGGGAGUCGCUGCUACGCACCACGCGCCGCCUGGAGGACGCCGAUCAGGAUCUGUCCAAAUCGAGGGUCAUCAUUCGGAAGUUGAGCAGGGAGGUGCUCUACAACAAGAUCAUCCUAAUCCUGAUUAUCAUUCUGGAGGUGGGCAUACUCGUCGGCUUGCUGGUGCUGAAGUUCGCUCACCUGUGAGCCAAUGCCAUUCUAUUCCAAAGUCGUAACCACCAAACAGGCGAUGGACUAUAUAUACCUAUUAAUCGUUACGAAUUCUUUGUCCUAGUUAAUAAGCUUAUAAAUGUAUAUACUCCACU